AUGUCGCGUCCCGAGGAUAUUCUCCCGCCGGACCUCUUCUACAACGAUAAUGAAUCCCGCAAGUACACAACAUCCUCUCGCAUUCGGAAUAUCCAGGCCGACAUGACAAACCGAGCCUUGGAACUCCUGGACCUCAAGUCUCCUUCCAUGAUCCUUGAUGUUGGAUGUGGUUCCGGGUUGUCGGGUGAGAUUCUGUCGCAAGAGUCCCCGGAGGAUGGUGGGCCACAUACGUGGGUGGGCAUGGAUAUUUCACCGAGCAUGCUGGAUGUGGCUCUGCAACGCGAGGUCGAAGGUGAUCUCUUUCUUGCCGAUAUUGGCCAGGGGAUACCUUUUCGGCCAGGCUCUUUCGAUGCCGCAAUCAGUAUCAGUGCCAUCCAGUGGCUGUGCAACGCAGAAUCUAGCGACGUCAGUCCUGAAGGCCGCUUGAAGCGAUUUUUCGAGGGUCUCUAUGCCAGUCUCCGUCGUGGUGGACGAGCAGUCUGUCAAUUCUAUCCCAAGAAUGAUGUUCAGCGGACCAUGAUUAGUGGGGCUGCCAUCAAGGCAGGCUUCGGAGCCGGAAUGCUCGAAGAUGAUCCGGGUACCAAAAAUGGCAAGUUGUACUUGGUCCUCACUGUGGGCGGUGGUGGUCUUCAAGGAGAUAUCAGAGGUGUUGUGAAUGGAAUGGAUGAUGUCAGUGUGUUGGAUGCCAGACGCAAGGCCAUGGAGGUGAACAACGCCCGUCCCUCCCGAAAAGGUGACCGGGCAUGGAUCAUGAGGAAGAAAGAACAGAUGGAGAAGAAGGGUAAGGUGGUGAAGCAUAACUCCAAGUACACCGGCCGCAAGCGACGUACGGCCUUCUAA